AUGUGUUAUGGUCUCGGGUGUAUAUCAUAUCAAGGUGUUGGUAGACUAGUAUUUAUAGAAAAUACUAUGACAGGGGCUGCUUAUAAACAAAUUUUAGCAAAAAAUUUAAGACAGUCAGCUAAUGAAAUGGGUAUUGAUUCAUUUAUUUUUAUGCAUGAUAAUGAUUCAAAACACACUUCAGGUGUUGUAAAAGACUGGAUUGAUGCAAAAGAAAUUGACAUUUUACCUUGGCCACCUCAAAGCCAAGAUUUGAACCCUAUUGAGCAUAUAUGGGCUUUUAUUAAGAAAGAACUUUGUAAAAAGGGUAAAUUAAAAAAAAACAAGAACUUAAAGAGGAAAUUCUAA